CUAACAUGGAUUGAAUAAGUGAUGUGGAGGAUGUGUCCUGGUUGAAACACCAAAAAGCUUUGAUAAUUGGCUAAAAGGGGGCCAAGAAGACUAUGAAAAGGAGGAUUGUCUCGACCUCAGCUGAGGAGCCACACAUGAUGAUCACUACAGACCAGGCAAAGACAGAUGAACAGAAGAUGCUCUCCCGGGCCAAGCCGGCCGUGGGGGGCGCCCCGCCGCAGGGCGACAAACGGAAGAAGAAAGGCAAGAAAGUCCCGCAGCUGGAGGAGCUGCUGGCCCAGAGGGACUUCACCGGCGCCAUCGCCCUGCUGGAGUUUAAACGGCAUGUGUGGGAACAAGAUGAGGACACUGACCUCUGGAUUGGAUACUGCGCCUUUCACCUGGGGGACUACAAGAGAGCAUUGGAGGUCCAGAGAGAGACAGAGACUACCUGGAAAAAUCCAAGCAGAAGUUUACAACCAAAGUGAGACCCCCGAGAGAAACUUAGAGAGAGGUUCUGAUUCUGGGAUGCUGGCUAAAAAGAAGCUUGGACCUGUAAGCUAAGAAAUUCCUCUUUUUGCCUUUAGUUAAUCCUGUAUUCAGAAAAGCAGGACUUUGAUGCAAUUUUGUUUAUUUACAAGGAAUGUACACAGGAAAUAUGAGAUUCCAUUUUCAGUACUUCUAGCAGGAACAUCCCCAGGGCCCUGAACUUUGAAUAACCAUUCUGGUCAAAAAGGGGCAACAUAAUCAUAUCCCCACCUUCAUUAUUUAGCCAAGCAGUAGUAUUACAUAUUCAAUUCUUUUUAAUCUUUUUUUCCUCAAUCCCUCUAGCCCCUUAAUUAUUUUGUUGCUCUUCUAUGAAUUUUCUGAUGUCUGCAUAAAACCUCCCU